UGUGAGUCCAAGACCCAAACGGCCAAAAACGCAAAAACCCUCGACGCUCUCGCUGUGACUGCACAAGUCGCGCACUCCGAGCCUCCGACAGCGGCGGCGCGUUCACGUUCAUCUCUUCGCCGUACCGCGGCGUUCAUCCUCUCCUCACCGCCCAGCGACACGACCUUGCUCUGAUUAUACACUGAGCAUAUCUUCGGGGGAUCUGUGCUUUGGAGGAUUAGUUUGCAGCAGUUAGAUUUGUUGCUUUGUAGAAAAUGCCUCUGCAACUUUUUGAUGGCAGUGAUUCUGAAAAUGAUGACAUUUCAAAGAUCAAGAUAGACGAGGAGUAUGCUCGUAGGUUCGAGCACAACAAAAAGCGGGAGGCCCUCCAGCGAUUUGAGGAAUUAAAGAAGAAGGGUGUCAUUGGUUCACCUUCACCCUCACAUUCUGAAGGGGAGGACGAAUCUGAGUCUGAGUCAUCGGAUGAUGAUGACUAUGAGAAGCUUGUUAAUUCUAGAAGGAGGGACAAGGAGUUCUUUGAUGCCUUAAUUAAGGUGAAGAAGCAAGAUCCUGUUCUUAAGCAGAAAGAUGUUAGGCUUUUUGUAUCUGAUGAUAGCAGUGAUGAUGAAAGUGGUGAAAAGGAUAAAGUUAAAUCAAAAGACAAGAGGGGUGAAAAGCCAAUGUAUUUGAAGGAUGUGGUGGCAAAGCAUUUGAUCGAGGAGGGGGCAGAUUUUGGUGAUGAAGAGGAGGAAAUAAAUGAAAAGGAAAAACGUAAGGGUAAAAAGGUAAUGCCCUCCAAAGAUAAAGAUUUUGUUAAUAAAGAUGGGAAGAAGACUUAUGGUGAUGAGCAAGAGGAUUUGAAAAGAGCUUUUAUGGAAGCAGUAGAAAGAGAGGGUUUGGAAGAUGGUGAAGAGGAGUUUUUCACUGUGAAGGAGAAGGUUGGUGAGGAGAACGAAGUAGAUAGUGAUGACAAGGAAUUUGAGGAGAAGCUGGAUGAGUAUUUUGGUGGAGAUGUUGAAUCAAAUGAACAUUCCAAGUUUCUAAGAAGCUAUUUCAUGAACAAAAUGUGGAUUGACAAGAGUGGCAAGAAUUCGAAUGUCGGAGAGGAUGAAUUGGAAGAGAUUUCAGAGGAUGAGAUGGAGCUUGAGAGACAAGAAGAAUAUGAGUAUAGAUUUCAGGAAAAUCCAGGAGAUAGAGUCUUGGGUCAUGCUCGGAAGGUGGAAGGAUCAGUGAGGAAGAAGACCAAUACAAGGAAAGAGCAGAGAAAGAGCAAAGAAGAGAGAAUGGCUAUAGCACAAAAGGAAAGGGAGGAUGAGUUGAAACAUUUAAAAAAUUUGAAGAAGCAGGAGAUACAAGAGAAGGUUAAAAAGAUAAUGAAGACUGCUGGAAUCCAUGAUCGUGAUAUUAUCCCACUGUCCAUGGCAGAAAUUGAAGAGGAAUUUGACCCGGAGGAGUAUGAUAGAAUGAUGAAGAAGGCAUUUGACGAGAAAUAUUAUGAUGCAGAGGAUGCUGACCCUGACUUUUGUAGUGAUAAUGAUGACAUUGAGAAGCCAGAUUUUGAAAAGGAGGAUGAAUUACUUGGGCUUCCUAAAGGCUGGGAUGAAUGUGGAUCUAAUGGUGGGUUUUUAGCUACAAGGGAAAAAGUAUUGAAAGAAAAUAUUGAGAAUACCAGUGAUGAUGAUCUCCCAGAAGAAGAUGAAAAAGAAGGAAAAAUUUUUGAGGAAGAAGAAGAAGAAGAUGACGCAAUUCCUGAGGAAGGUAGUCGGAAGAGGAAGCGCAAAACAGCACUUUUGGAAAAAGCAAGACUGGCAAUGAUGGAUGAGUACUAUAAAUUAGAUUAUGAGGACACAAUUGGGGACCUGAAGACAAGAUUCAAGUAUGCCAAAACAAAACCAAAUAGAUUUGGCAUGAGUGCCUCAGAGAUACUAUUGAUGGAUGACAAGGAAUUGAAUCAGUAUAUUUCUUUGAAAAAGCUUGCUCCUUACCAGGAGGAGGAAUGGAAAUUAAGCAAACAAAAAAGACGCAUACUGAAGAUGAGGGCUAAGGAGCUCCUUCGUACUUCAGGUUUGAAUAAGAAGAAACGUAAGAAGUCAAGUGUUGAUUCUGGCAAGAUAACUUCAUCAACUAAUGUUGUUGAGAAUGAAAAAGCAAGCACAGAAGAAUCAAAUAUUAAUAAGAACAAUCUGUCAAGGAAAGCCAAGAGAAGGCGACAAAUGGCUAAUUUGAAGUUAUCACAAUCGAGGCUUAAAGCAUAUGGGAAGAUACCCUCAAAAUCCAAGCAUGGAGGAAAGCACUGAAAGCUGUCAAUUAUUUAUGCAGAAGGAACCAACUAACCGAUGUACUUAUUACAAGAGGAUUGGAGCUUAAUAUUAACGUGCGGUGGGUAUGUUAGCCAACGUGUUUUUGUGGAGAGAAGUUUUGGUUGUCUUUAUGUUUUCUCCAAAUGUUUAGAGUCUAUGGAAUUUGUCACUAUACAAACUGUCAAUUGGACCAAAAGUUGGUGCUUGACUGUGUUUUCAAUAUUGCAUUUACUCAUUUAGAAUUUGUGCUUUAGUAUUUGUUCGUCUUACGGAUUCACAGCUUUUUUCUGAUUGAAAACAAUAUGUUGCAACUGUUUCUAUA